AUGCGCUACAACACCCGUCUGGCCCACCGAAAAGAGCUUGCGAGCAUCCCCAUUGACUUGACGGACCCUGACGACGAGAGCGUCCAAAGCGAGCGUGGUAGCGAGACGAGCCGUCGUGCCAUGAGUCCGCUUGUCAAGAACGAGGCCGAUGACGUGGCGGGGCAUGACGCUCCACACGGCACCAGUUACAGUGAGGAGGACCACGACGGUGCGGGUGACCGUCACCCCGGUAGCAGUGACCCACACACAUCCCACACCGCCGACAACGACACCAAGCCCACCCCGACCACCAGCCGCACACUCCCACACGCCUCCAACGACGUCCACUACCCGACACUCGCAGAGGAGCUCCAGGACUGGGCGCAGGGUGCCGAGCGCGAGGCCAUCCUAACCCAACUCGAGAGCCGCGCGUCCAAGCAAGCGUGGGAGGACUGGCUCGCCGCCAACCCAGAGGGAGAAGUCCACCCGGACCACAUUCGCGACUUUAUGCUCCCCGACCUGGAUCUGCAGCGCGUCUUCGGGAGGCACUUCCCUACCACACCAAUCCACUCCGACUGGUACCACCUUCUGGGCACCAUCCGAGCGAGCGCCAUUGGGCUCUUCAAGCCCUACAGGACAGACGAGACAUUCCAGGAGAGCGCGCGGAACCUCGCACAUGCGCUUGAAGGGCUCGCUGUGCCGCCGACCCUCCGACAGCUCGCGUGCGAGCCGUGCACUGCCGACAGUAGCAUUUGCCUCGUGAGCGCCAUGUCGGGGAAUGAGAAGGGGCCGUGCAUGAAGUGCCUCCUGCUCGGUACGGGUAACUGCAAGGGUGAGGAGGCUGCCGAGUACGCGGCAGUGCAGCGCGAGAGGACGAAGGGGCAGCGUUCCUAUAGCGCGGGAAGCUUCAGCCGCGCGAGCGCGACCAGCUCCACAAACACACCUGCGCUCCCAUUCCCCAACCCCGAGAACAGGAAGAACGCAGAGGAAAGUCCUGGAGCUGCACCACGCCGGAAGAAGGCCGCGAUCAUCAUCCGGCCUGGUCUUUGGAUCGCGAAGCCCAAGACCAACAAGGUGCCCCCCAAGUCCAGCGAGCCCAAGUCCAAGCCCAUCAGCGCGGCGCCCACGUCCGUCCCGAGGAGUUCGGAGGUCCCCAGGAGCUCCGAGGGCAGGUCACCGGCGCCAGGCACUCCGACGUACCAGUGGAUCCUGGACCACCUCCGGCGCCACUUGGACAAGGACGACUCGGAUGACCGCAGGGAACAUGGCGCCUUCAUCUUCACCCGUCUCCAGAGGGCGCUCGCGGACGGGGACGACACCAGCGACACCCUUGGCGAGCUGCGCCGGCACAUGACCUCGCCGACAGAUGAGCUCGACGAGAACCGUCGCCAGAGGGCGCAGUUCGUCAUCAAUUCAUUGGAGGAUGAGAUUUGGAAGGACAGGGCCAAGCGCGAGAUGCCUCCGCCAUCCUCGCCUCAGGGUUCAAGGUCAUACUCAGCCACGCAGUUCACGAGCCCAGCCCCGUCUAUCGACAGGAAGGGCAAGAGGCGCGCCGUAGACACCGAGUGGGAGGAGGACGCCCCGAGUCAUGGCGCGGUCGGCGGUGGCGAUGAAGAUGACGAUGAUGAUCAGUGGGAGGACCCGCGCCUGUUUGACCUCUUGGACGUUGACCACGGCGGUGCUGGCCCGUCUGGGGAGAGUAGCGCACACAACCCAAUCGACUUCACCGAGGACGACGACGACUACCACGACGAUGCCGACAUUCCCGAGGCCAACGGGCCACGGUCGACCGACAGGAAGGGCAAGCGGCGUGCUACAGAUACUCUGAGCGACACCUGGAACGACGUUGCAAUUCAUUUCCAGGACGAGGACGACCGUCUUGACCACAACGGCUUUCAGGAUCACCGGAUGUACGACCUGCGUGAUGUCGACCCCAACGGUGCCGGUUCGUCACGAGCGGCUUCGGGCGCCCGCAAGAAGAGGCGCGUCUAA